AUGCCACCCGAUCGACGAGUACAGCGAAUAGUCCGGGUACGCACAGGAUGCUGGUCAUGCAGGCGGCGGAAGAAGAAGUGCGAUGAAACGCGACCUAUAUGCGGGGGUUGUCAGCGCAACCGCCUGAGCUGCCAGUGGCCCGAUCUGUCGAGGAGAGAUUCAGGGCAAGAUGAAAAUCUCCAGUCAGCUGUCCCCGAAGAGCGCCGGCCGAGUCUUCUGGAAAGCAUCGAGCCAUUUGGUGAGCCUUUGCUCGCCGGAAGCCCCUUAUCGCAACGGGCGCCCUCUGUACUGUCGAAUGCACACUCCGAGAUCGGUGAUCCGCUUGAAGAUGUGUUGCCUGAAAGCCAUGCACGACGGGUAUCAACAGCGACUCCGAUGACCAGUACAAGUGAUGCUCUGAUCGCAUCCAUUUCAACGGCGGAUGUGCUGCCGCGCAGCCUGUCCAUGUUGCCUGGCUACGAUGCAGAGUCUUAUCAGCUUCUCAGUCAUUACCUUGCCACAACAGCUGAUGUUAUGGCAAAUGGCUCCACGCCAGUCAAUCCGUUUCUUGUACAGAUUGUGCCCUUGGCCUUUUCUAGUGACCUGCUGCUACAGUUGGUCAUUACUCAAAGUGCAGCUCACCGCGCCUUCCGGUCGCGCGAUGAUUCCGAUACAAUUGCCCACAGUCAUUAUUCCAAAGCCUUGCUACAUUUUCGUCGCGGUGUGACGGAUUUCAUAGAUGGAAAGGAGACUAAUCCUCUCAUGCUCCUGGUUGGUGCACUUUUAAUGUGUUUUACAGAGACUGCAAAAGGCGAUAUGAACGGCACAAUAUUCGACCACUUAUCAGCAGCAAACUCGCUUUUAGUCAAGCUGCUCGCCCAAAGCGAUACGGCGGUACCGCGUGAUCUGAAAGAUUUUGUCAUCGAGUACUACACAUACACCGCAACCGUAAGCAUGAUUUCGAUCGAUGCCCGGUUUAGUGGGCAAUUAUUCCUGAAUCUUGACCUUGAGGAACGGUCGCGCGAACUGCUGCGCACUCAGUACGUAGGCAAUUUGUGCGGCUGUUGGCUGGAACUUCUGCUGCUGAUCCCGUGCAUUUUCGAUCUCGGUCGGCAGUGGAUUAUGGACGAUACGCAGGCGGUCGUUCCAACAGCCGAUGACCUCGCCAUGUUUGCAUCCAUCCAAGCACAGGUCUUGCGCUGGUCGCCAUACCCCAAUGUCCCGACGGAUGUCCACCUUGCCGGGUUGAUAUUUCAACAGGCUAUCCUCAUCUAUCUAUACACCUCUCUGGGAGGAUUCCAAUACACCGCAGAUGGGAUGUACAGAGGUCUUGUGGACAACGCUGUCACAGAAGCCAUGACAUACCUCCACGACCUUUCACCCAGUGCGCGCAUCAAUUCGGGUCUAUGUUGGCCAAUUGCGUUGGUCGGAUCCUGUCUCCUGAACACUGAUCAACAAGAACGGUUACGAAGACGCUUGAAUGCAAUGAUCGAGAAGUUCGGACUGGGAAAUAUGCACCGAACUCUACUUUUGCUUGAAGCAAUGUGGCAGUUGCCCAUGUCUGAAGCUGGGCCGUGGAAUAUCUGUCGGGCGAUGCAGCAAAAUCAAAUAUGGAUUUCAUUCGCGUGA